UAAUGCCCAUGGUGCACAUAAAUGCGAAAAUCAAGCAUAGAUCUUAUUAAGAUAUUGUCGACGAAACAAUGGCCACCGCCGUAGCACGUUUGAGAUCGCUGCUGCCGGCACACGACUGCGGCGGCGGCCGCCGGUGCUGUUUUCCAGCCACGCGCUUCUUCUCUUCAUCCAGCUACACCUCUCAUCUCUUUGAUAAGAUUGGAUUUGUAGGACUGGGGAAUAUGGGAUCAAGAAUGGCUGAUAAUUUGAUAAAGGCUGGAUACGAUGUUGCUGUUCACGACAUCAACCAUGAUGUUCGGAAGAGGUUUUCUGAAAAAGGAAUUGCUACAAAAGAAUCACCAAUUGAAAUCGCGGAAAGAAGUGAUGUUGUGAUUACAAUGUUGCCAUCUUCACGCCAUGUAAUUGAUGUCUAUACUGGAGAAAAUGGUUUGCUUGCUGGUGGAAGUUCAGUUAGACCGUGGUUAUUCAUAGACUCUUCCACAAUUGACCCUCAAACUUCAAGAAAAGUAUCUACAGCUGUCUCUGACUGCUUUUUGAAAGAGAAGUUAGACAGCCAACAGGCUCCUUCCAUGCUUGAUGCUCCCGUGUCUGGUGGUGUUGUUGCUGCAGAGACUGGAAGUCUUACUUUCAUGGUUGGUGGCUCAGAAGAAGCUUACAUGGCUGCAAAACCCUUGUUUCUAUCAAUGGGGAAAAACUCAAUUUAUUGUGGUGGACCUGGAAAUGGUUCGACAGCAAAGAUCUGUAACAAUUUGGCAAUGGCUGUCAGUAUGCUUGGGGUAUCAGAAGCGUUUUCCCUUGGGCAGUCACUAGGAAUCACAUCAAGUACACUUACACAAGUGUUUAAUUUUUCCAGCGCUCGCUGUUGGAGCAGCAACACAUAUAAUCCUGUUCCUGGUGUAAUGGAUGGAGUGCCCUCUUCAAGGAAUUAUGAAGGAGGUUUUAUGUCGAAGUUGAUGCUUAAAGAUCUAAACCUUGCUCAGACAUCAAUUAAAAGUGUUGGACUCAAUUGCCCCUUGGCAUCACAAGCAGCGGAGAUAUAUGCAAAGCUAUGCCGUGAUGGUUAUGAGAACGAAGACUUCUCGUGUGUUUUCCGUUAUUAUUACUCUGGAAAGGAUGAGCAUCUAAACUAGAGAUUUUCUUGCAUCUUUGGAUCUCAAAAGCCGGUAAUUGUUAAUCAAGUAAGCCUUUUUCAUAUGUAUAUUCACCAUAUGCAAUGCACUUACAAUUGUAGACUGUUCUCUGUAAUUUUUCUGCAUCCAUACUUUUUAGUUUAUCAAUGAACUAAGAAUAUAUUGGUCUUGUUUCUCUAUAGGACAUCAUAAUCCCAUGUAAUUCAAUAUUCCUUUGGGAGAAGUUCUAUUGCUCAGUCUCUUCCUAUUGCCUGCACAGUUUUCAGUAA